UUUAACAAACUGAACUUCAGAUGAGCUGUCUGCGCUGUGUGUAUGUCCUUUUGACCACUUGCUUACUGACUUGUUCACCUCACGAUGGGGCCUUUUCUGGCGGUAGCCGCGUUACUCGGCUGUGCUUCAGUCUUGGAGGCCUCACCGCUGGCGGGCCGAACACUUCCCGAUUUCGGCAACAUGCAUCAUGUGAAAGGUGUGAUCUCACUGCCCUACGCUGAAAUCAAAGAGCCGUUUGAAGCCUGGUAUGACCUGGAGGGGAAGAGAAGUCGUAUUGACUACUAUCAUGGCCAGGUCUGCACUUUCCAGCUUGGUACAGCAGUGCCUCAAGGUGUCAGCUAUAAGGUCACACCGGUUACAACAGAGACCGAAUUCAAUGCCAUGAAGUGCUUCCAAGUCAAUGGCACUAAGGAAGAUCCUGUCCUGCCUCAGGCGGCAUUGCCCAACGUACAGGGCUUCCAGUUUGAGAAGAUGGAUUACUAUGCUGGUGUUUUGUGUGAAGUGUGGAAGAACAUCACUAUAGUCGGGCACAAAAAGAACACUUACCGUCUGUGGGUGACACGCCCAGAGGGAGGGCCUUCAGUGGCCACACCCCACCACUAUGAGAUGAUGGGCUACAACACGCUGCUCGGCUCCCACUAUGACAAAUAUCUCAUUGAUUACAGUGACUUCAGCCCACGCACUGACCCUAAAGACUUCAACCUGCCAGAUGGUAUGGACUGUGGCCCAUUCCCUGGUCCAGGAGCGGAGCACCGGCUCUUAGCCAAUCCCAUUCAAGAUCUGAUACAUACGUCUCCUGUUGGACAUGCCCAUCGGUUAUUUGGGCACUUUAAAGAGAAAUAUCAGCGCGACUAUGAAACUGAGGAGGAACACGAGAAGCGAGAACACAACUUUGUACAUAAUAUUCGGUAUGUUCACUCCAUGAACAGGGCAGGCCUGUCAUUCUCACUCUCUGUGAAUCACCUGGCUGAUCACUCGCAGGCAGAGCUGGCAGUCAUGAGGGGAAGAAGACGGAAGAAGACCCCUAAUAACGCUCAGUCUUUCCCCACUGAACUCCGCUCUGUUGCCACACCAGACUCCCUGGACUGGAGGCUCUAUGGUGCUGUGACCCCUGUAAAAGACCAGGCUGUGUGUGGAUCCUGCUGGAGCUUUGCCACAACAGGAGCACUUGAAGGAGCAUUGUUUUUAAAGACAGGGGAGCAGGUGAUACUGUCUCAGCAGAUGCUGGUGGACUGUACAUGGGGCUUUGGUAAUAAUGGGUGUGAUGGAGGAGAGGAGUGGAGAGCAUACGAGUGGAUCAUGAAACAUGGUGGAAUCUCCACUGCAGAGAGCUAUGGAGGAUACACAGGCAUGAACGGUUUGUGUCACUACAACUCCUCCUCACUGACCGCUCGUGUGAGGAGUUACACCAAUGUGACCAGUGGGGAUGUGGAAGCCCUGAAGGCUGCGCUGUUUAAGAAUGGUCCCACUGCGGUCAGCAUUGACGCCUCUCACCGCUCCUUCACCUUCUACAGCAAUGGAGUAUAUUAUGAACCUGCCUGCAAAAAUGGGACUGAUGACUUGGAUCAUGCUGUGCUGGCGGUGGGUUAUGGGGUACUGGACAACCAGCCUUACUGGCUAGUGAAGAAUUCCUGGUCCACUUACUGGGGCAAUGACGGCUAUGUGCUCAUGUCCAUGAAGGACAACAACUGUGGAGUGGCAACUGAUGCAACAUACGUCACGCUGGCCUAACUGCAUUCAUGUACAUGCAUGCAGACAAACGUGCUUGCACAUUAGAGCUGCACAAUAUAUUGUUUUGUAAAUGAUUACAGUAAUUACUUCUGUGAUGUUUGUUACAGUUUGCAAAAGAGAAUCUUUUUUUAAUUGUGUAGUAUUUGAGCAUGCUGGCCAGUCUCGGAUGCUCAGACUGAAAGUCCUUAAAUGUUCUAAUAAACAGCAUUUUUUUUUUUGUUCAGUAAAUAAUAUUGCCACAGUCAA